AUGCGGUGGCUGGUGGUGUUGGCCUUCCAGCUAGCUGGACGCUGUGACUCCAAACAUCAGAUGGGGUUGGUCACCAUGCACUCGCCUGAAAUCAUGUCUUAUGCGAACAUGACGGCAGCUGGUAAUGCCAGAUAUGCAAAGAGGCACGGCUACGGCUUUCACAUCCUCGACCACGUCGUUGACCAGUCACGAGUCCCGCACUGGUCGAAGAUCCACGCCAUUCUGAUUCAUUUGGCAGAUUAUGACUUCUUGUUUUGGAUCGAUGCCGAUGCGGUGGUGUAUGACCAGGCACAGCAGUUGGAGGAUGUUUUUGACAUCGAUUCCUAUCCCAAUGCUCACAUCUGGGCACAAGACAUCUGGCCAGACUUCCCCGCGAUGCAACGGGAAGAGCUGAUGGAUGGAGCAACAGUCUUGUUUCGAAAUAGCCCAUGGACACGCCAGUUCCUACUGGAGAUGUACCACUUCCCCGAGUGUCAGGACUACCUGAACUGGACGGAGCAAUACUGCCUCACGGUGGCCUUCAAACACAACCUCUUAGAUGCAAAAUCGAAGAUCGUCGUGCUGCCAACGCCUCGCAUCAACCACCACCGGAUUCCCUCUGCUGCGGAAAACCGGAGCCUUUUCGUUUUUCAUUACGCCGGAAGGUCGUCAAUGGCCCGAACCCGGCACUUCAAGCUGCUGCAUGAGGGAUUCCAAGAUGUCUUCCAAGAAGAUCGCUACAAGCACUUCUGGAACUUCCACGAGCUCUUCCAGAGGCACAACUUCGGUGGCUUAGCAUCGGUGCAGCUCUGCGUCUUCGGAAUUGGGGAGCGACAUCAAACCUUCUUAGAGGGUAUCCUGUUCCACUUCCCGUACCUCACGGGCUUUAUCGUGGUUCUACAAGGAGCUCCAGGCCUCUUUUCCCAGAUGAAGAAAUCGGACGAGAUCGGUGAAAUGUUCGGCACGCGCAUGGCCGCCAUGGACAUCCAGGAGUUUCAGCUGGGGCGGACACGGGAUGGGAAGGAGUUUGUGAAGAGUUUCUUCUGCGACCUCCUGUUGGUUGGAGUUGAGAGUUGGAGGCAUCUUCCUCAGGGUGAAACGGCCUUGGUGCCCUUUGUGACGGGAGGAUUGGAGCCCUUUUCCGGGAGAAGGGGGACUGGCUUCGGUUACUCUGCUCUCAAGGAUGCGUUCUUCAUCUUGCUGGACGACGGCUGUGAGGGCCGAUCACAGGCCAUGAGUGGCCUUGGUAUGACAGCCAGCAAGGGCAGCUCCCUGGACAAGGAUGACGAGGCAGGCGAGGACCUGGCUGCAGCCUGUCAGUUCAUGGAUCGUCUCCACGAUUCCCUCGCCGACGUGAUCGGCCAAGCCCGAGAGCAUAGCGAGCGGUUCCUGAACUCCGACACGGACCUCUUUUCGCCCCUGGCUGCUGAGAAGAGAGAGAGGACGGGUGUCGGAAGCCCACUGAUCCGGAGUGAACCCGACACCUGGGGUUCGAAGAUGCUGGGGAAGGUGACGAUGUCACGGGUCCCGCGGCUGGCUUUUGUUUAA